UGGCGGCGGCCAUGUGUGGUCGUGUUGAUAUGACUUCGAGGGUUUGUGAACGUCUGUUGAAGGUGUCUCGUAGGCACAGUAGUUUGGUUCACCAGAAUGAGGUAGUCGAACAUAAAAGCCGCGACCUUUAUCCACCUGUCAGACCCAAGUUCCCCGAGGGGAGCUGGGGAGCAAUGGAUAGGCGUCAGGCAUGGGUCUGGCGGGCCAAAAAAGAAAAGUUAUCAAAUGUCGCGUCAGUGACAGACAGGAUUGACAUGAUAACCAAGAAGAAAAUGACGAUGUGGAAAUACAAGAUAGCGGAGAGAUACCCUCGUGUUUUGCCGUUUCAACAGUAUGCUACCAAAACUCACCUUGUGAAGGGAUUGCCAACUGUAUACGCUUCAUUUGAAGUGGAUGAAGUUGUGAAACAAAUAAAACCAAUUGUUAUUGACACUAUUUGUUUAGAAAAGGAGAUACUUGCCAGGGACAAAUUAAUUACAAAGGCUUUUCCAUGGGAUCGGCCGGUACUUAACUCACAAGUACUGCUGAAAAGCAUGCUUAAUGCUCUCACAACGUGUCUGUCAGCUCACUGUGAUCAUUUAAACACCACACAGUUUGAUGAAAAUGUGCGUGUGGAAGCAUUUUGGGAUCGACAUGGAUUUAGUCGUCAGAAAAUAGUUGACAAUGAUGAGGAUUAUAAGAAAUUUGUGACAGUUAACGAAAGUCGAUUACAGGCUUGUCAUCAAGCAGAUUUUGUCAUCAGGAGUGAAAACCCACUGCCAGAGUUUUUGUCUCGGGAUGAUGAGUUUUGCAAGACAGCAGCCUAUCCUGAGCUGGAGUAUCACCCUGUUACGUAUGGUCAGAACUUUGAGCAGAAGCUUCAGCCUUCAGUUGUUGCUGGGCACUGGGUAGGUGAUCCAUGUGAGUUCGGCUUGCUGACAUUAUGUACAUCCAACGAGGUGCGUGAGGUUGGCCAACAGUUCGGUGAUGUUCAGGAGCAGCAGCUGAUGACAGGCAUGGGCAUGAACACUUCAUUUACAAGACUUGUAGCUGAAGCUUACUACCAAGGUUUCAGCUCUGCAAUAGAUAUCACCUACCCAUUCACAACUCAAACAAUUUUGAGUGAUGGCCAACGUUUCACGUUUUUUGCAUACCAGCUAAAUACAUUAGAGCUAUGGAAAGAUGAUGAUGGCAACUCUCUUAGGAACAUCUGUUGGCACACACCAGAGAUGAAACUCUAUGAGUCUGUGGAGGCAGGAGAAGUGAAAGGUUUCAAUGACAAUGUUCUUAAACAUAUAGUCAAGUUUCUUAUGUUAAAGCCUGGGAGACCAGGUGUAGAUCUACGACCUACAUUACCAGCAGGGGAACCUGCACCCAGAGAGGCCACCAAAUACAUUAAUGACAAACCUGUGGUGAUCAUUGUCGAGGAAGAGGAGAAAUAUGUGUAACUGUUGUGCUUUCAUCAUCUGUCAUACCAGGUGGAAGCCAUACAUGAAAGCCUGUUAAUGUAUAAAGUUAUAACCUUACAAAAAUGAACAAGAUGAAACCC